AUGAGAGGGGCUAUACUUUCGGCCCGGUUACCCUUGACCGAAAGAGGGUGGUUCUUUCUGGCAGACCGGACUACGGUGUCUGUCACAAUUCAAAGUGGUCAGAAUUUGCUGUUAUCGUCGUCGGGGCGCUCUCGAGAAGCCGUUCGGUUUGCUAGUGUGGAUGCUACGGAAGGCAGCUGCCAUCUCCCCAGGAAACCUUGGCGGAAACUUACAGUGGAGUAG